UUGUUGCAGUCCGUAUUCCUCAUUCGUAGCGACAAAACACAAUGAAACAAAAACAUUACCUAUGGACCUAUGUAGUGAAAUCAUGAAUCGGGAAGUAUGUUUUUAUAUUAUCUAUUGUCAAUAUCACUGUUUUGAAAUUUUCGAACUCACGUCAUUUGAUUUUAUUGAAAAAUGUAUUAAGAUGUAAGCAGGAAUGAAAUAUUAAUCAUCUUUAAUAUGUUUGAGUCAACGGAACAAGGAAAAGAUCUUUGCAGUCAUACUGGAGUUGUAUUGCAAAGUGCAAGUACUCGAGAAGAUGAAGUGCACAGUACAGGAACACUGAAUAUUGUGGAAUAUAGUUUUGGGAAAUGUAUAGAAUGGAAACCACUUGAAGUAUCAGUAGUAUCUGAAAAUCAAGAUCAGGAUCCGGAAUGGUCACUUGUUGAUUCGCAUACAAGUAGAACAAGAUCAUUAUCAGAAGAGCCAGAUUGUUUAGGACGCAGAAUUGUUAGAAUAUUGUUUAAAGAAUUGAAAUCUAUACGUGUACAUCAAAGUGGUCAACAGCUGAUAUUUAUGCUUAGAGAUGGCUCCAGUUAUGUAGCUUUCUUCCAGUUACCAAAUGCUGAUAGUUUUCUUAAUUCUCUGAACAGCUUUAUCAAUUGGAUUAAAUCCAAGCAAGAUAAAUAUUUGUACCUAAUUCUUAAUGAGGUCAGCUCAAAUUUGAAUAAAUCAUUUGCUGAGUUAGAUAUUUUUCCAGAAAACACAUCUGAAUAUAAUGUAUGGAACUUUGUGCAAAAGUUACAUGAUCAUCCUUAUGAAACAACUAUGGAAGCUUUCAGUAAAUUGACUGAUGUAUGGCUAUAUAAAGAGCCAGUUAAACCUCCUGUAGAAGAAGCAGUAGCUGAUUUAUUAAAUCGUUCACUCACAGUAAAUGUUCAUCAACCACCAGUGUCAGUAGGUUCUGGAGAAGAGUAUGAAAUCAUUGGAGAAUCUGGAUUAGGAAUUUUAUUACCACAAAAACCUUCUUGUCCUAGAGGGCUGCCUUUGACACAAGAACAAUGGGACGAAUGGAAAGAUUCAGAAGGUAGAGUGAAAAAUCCAGAAACUGUGCAAGAAAUGAUUUUCAGAGGAGGUAUCGCUCCUUCAUUACGUUAUGAAGUAUGGAAAUUUUUGUUAAAUUAUUAUCCGUGGAAUGCAACAUCUGCUGAAAGAAUGGAAUUAAAGAAAAAGAAAACUGAUGAAUAUUUUACAAUGAAAUCGCAGUGGAAGUAUAUGACCAUAGAUCAGGAAAACCGGUUUUCAGAUUAUCGAGAUAGGAAAAAUUUAAUAGAAAAAGAUGUUAAUAGAACAGACAGAACACAUCCUUAUUAUUCUGGUGAUAAAAAUCCUCAUUUAAUACAACUACAUGAUAUUUUGAUGACCUAUGUAAUGUACAAUUUUGACUUGGGAUAUGUACAAGGUAUGAGUGACUUGCUCAGUCCAAUACUUUGCCUCAUGGACAAUGAAGUUGAUGCUUUCUGGUGUUUCGUUGGAUUUAUGGAGAAAGUUAGUACCAAUUUUGAAAUGGAUCAAGCUGGAAUGAAAGCUCAACUGUGUCAGCUCCAUAACAUUUUAUUAGUCACAGAACCUCAGCUUGCUCAAUAUUUGGAUAAACAUGAUUCUGGGAAUAUGUUUUUCUGUUUUCGAUGGCUUUUAGUAUUAUUUAAAAGAGAGUUCAACGCAGUCGACAUAAUGGAACUUUGGGAAAUACUUUGGACUGAUUUACCUUGUAAAAAUUUUCAUUUACUAUUUUGUGCAGCUAUUUUGGAUACAGAAAAAACAAUACUCAUAGAGAACCGUUAUGGUUUUACAGAAAUUUUAAAGCAUAUAAAUGAUCUUUCGCUCCACAUUGAGUUGCCUUCGACACUGUCUAAAGCUGAAGGUAUUUACCAUCAACUGAUGGCGGUAGCUCCACAACUUCCUGAUAAUGUGCGAGUAAUUAUUGGAUUAAAACCAUUGAAUAAACCGUCAGAAAUAAGUGAUCACGAGGAUGAAGAUGCAAAUAAUGUGAUGACAAGUCCAAAUGAAGAAAACAAUUCAUUAAUCAAUUCAAAUAAUGAUGUCAGUUCAAACUUUGGAGCUAGCGAAGUAUCGUUUGAACGUAGUUUGAAUUUGUCGUACAUGUAGAUUGCAUUGUAAUGAUUUUAAUAUAUAAGAACGUUAAAUAACAGUAAUGAUGUUCCAAAACUCUUAAGAAAUUAGUAAAAUAUGACACGUUUGAUGGAAAAGUUGAUGUAAAAGUGGAGAAAGAUGAUUUUUUAAAGUUACCUGACGAUAGUACAAAUAAAAAAAAGGUUUCCAGUACAUCAGGCACAAACAUUUCUUACCUAAAAGCAAUAUGAUCAAGAACAUGGAUUUUGAAAUGCUGUCUGACCGACAAAAAAUCAUCUAAUAUCGUUUUGCAAGAUCUAAAACUUGAGGUUAAGCCUGGUCUUCAUAUUGACGAUAUUAAUGCAAUUUUAGUACACACUGCAGCUUUUGUUAAGAAGCAGACCUGGACGUUCGUUGAUGAAUCAAAGAUAGUCAUCAUCCUUCGUCAACAGCUCUUAAAACUUAAUUAUACGAAUAAAUCUGGAUGAAAUUCUAUUUAUUUAUUUUCAAACAUAAUUUAUUUACAUAAAUUCAUCUUAAUAGCUUUAAAUAUGUAGUUUUAACGGCGACAUUUCAGUGUUGUGUUUUAACAGAUG